AUGUACAAGCCGCUGACGUCAGCGACAACAAUUCGGGUUUUGCACAUCCAUCCUGCCCCCGAAAGGGAUCCUCUCACAUGCAGCCUGGAGCAUCGCGAUCUCGCCAGCAACCCAGAGUAUGAGGCCGUUUCGUACGUCUGGGGAGACUCAGAUUUGUCAUCUUCCAUCACAUGCGAUUUCAAGGUCGUCGCAGUGACUUCUAGUCUACACCAGGCUCUCCUACGCAUCCGGUUACCGGAACGGAAUCGAACAGUAUGGAUAGACGGACUGUGUAUCAAUCAAACCGACGAUGUCGAGAAGUCACAUCAGGUACAGCUCAUGCAACGUGUCUACCGGAAUGCGCACCGAGUCCUCGUAUGGCUAGGUCCUGAUCUUUGUGGCGAGGCCCGCAACGCAUUCGAUUUCUGUCUUAAGCUGGGCCAGCGUGACAUGGAGCUCGAAGAGCUCGAGACUACAUUGAAAAGCAUGAACAGAUUUCCUGGGGGGUGGUACUUCCUUCGCGCCUUCAGUGAGCGUCCAUGGUGGGGGCGUGUUUGGAUCAUACAGGAAUUCGCACUUGCAAAGGAUUUACUCUUCUUGUGGGGCGCGGAGGAAAUUCAAUGGACACAUAUCAACCUGGCUGUCAGCAACCUCCAGAAGCCAGACGUGAUGUGGCGCUUUACGCCAUACGAGUCUACGCUGCUCGAACCCAUAUCCCGAUUGUCUGCAAUCAAGGAUCAACGCUGCUACGCGACGAGUUUUAUGGGAACUAUCCAUACAGCCAGGGCAUUUGGAUGCUCAGACAGUCGCGAUCGGAUCUUCGCAAUCUUGGGACUAGAAUGCGGUGAUGACCGUUGGGCAGCAGCAGACCCCGCUGGACAAUCGCUAGCUGAAGCUACCAUACCGGACUAUACUUUACCUGUAGAGCACGUCUAUCGGCAAUUUGCUAUUCGGGCCUUGCAGCGAGGUUUGACGGAAGACAUCUUCUUAGCAGUUCAACAUGGGGAACAGCUAGAAGAGUGGCAGCCAGGCGACAUGCCAUCGUGGUCACCACAUUGGGACCUGCCUCUCGUCAAUAAUUUUCCAUUCUGUCACAGACUGCACGAAAUUUGCAAGUUCUCCGGUCUUUCCGUAGAGAGUGGCAUCUCGUUUACGGGAUGCGGUUCCGAGCUGCUGUCUAUGUUACGAACAUACCUCGACCCGCUCGCUAUUGACACUCUCAACGUGCUAAGUGCUACUUUAGACACAAUUGUGGCUCUCUCGGACACCAUGAAGUUUGUGCAGUUCAGACUCCCGGGGACCAUUCUGGAAAGCUUCUGGGAAGAGCAUAUCAGGCCUAGAGAAGCGGACCCUGGAUACAAGGCCGUCAUGACAGACUUAUGUGAGACCGCUACCUACUACAUGACUUCCGAAAACCACGUCAGUGCUUUCUACACGAUUUCUCAACACCCGUGGGAAAUAUCUCCGGCAGCGAUAGCGAAAUAUGCAAAAUACGGAGAGUAUGCCAUGCUGAGGUCCAUAGCGCAGCUGCUAUUAGAGACGAGCGAGAUUGCAUCUGUAGGAAACCCAGCCCUGCUAGAUAAAGAAAUAGGCGAACAUGGCUAUUUCAAGAGGUUUUACAUCACCCAGCAGGGCUACGUUGGAAUGUGUCCGGCCGCCGCUCAGCCUGGGGAUCAUGUCGCCCUAUUGUGGAACACCGAUUGUCCUAUGAUCUUGCGUCCACAGGAUGACUUUUAUCGUAUCGUUGGCGGCUCAUACAUGGCAGCUGUGAACAGGAAGAAGAUGGAAGGCAUUCCUCACCCACUCGAUGAUCUACUGUCGGGUGGAUUGCAGCCAGAGGUGAUUCAGAUUCGUUGA